CUUUACUUCGCUUCCCAGCCCCCUCCCUCCUAGGCCAUCUUGUCAAUGCACACCUCGCGAUAACAGCGCGACCCCGCACGCCCGGCCGGCCCCGCACGUACCCACGCACGCACGCGAUGGAUCCCCGACCCCGCUCGCGCCAGGCGUCGGUGAGCCGAACGGCCCGCCCGCCAAAACAGUCCUGCGACCAGUGCCAGGCGCGGCGAAAGAAGUGUGAUCGCGGCUUGCCAUGCUCUCUGUGUACGCGCUCCGAGCUGCGGUGUACCUAUGCCAACAAGCUGAAGAAGCGCGGGCCGAAGGGCAAGGUUGUUGAGCGGCUGAAGCGGCAGCAAGAGGAGGAGGAAGGGGGCGUGGGUGUUGAGGCGACCGACACGGCACUCGUCCCCCAUACCCACAGCUCACUGGGCAUCCUCGCAGCCCUCCAAGCCUUCAGCCUUCCUGUUCCUCUGACGGACACGCCUUCCACCAGCUCGGCGUCGUCCUCGUUCGCCGCCUCCUCCGCCUCGUCCUCGUCACUACAACUGGACAUGGUCUCCCCGCUCACCCUACCACCCGCCACCGUGUGGUCCUUCUCCGCCGUACUGACCCAGGAAGACGUGUACACCCUCGUCGCGACGUACUUUGCGCACAUCCACCCCUGCUACCCGUUCAUGGACAAGGCGUGGUUCCUGGCGCGCAUACGCUCCGGUGAGCCGUUCAACGACCCCACCGGCGUCUUCGGGAUCAUGCUGCUCGCGCUCUGCGCGCUCACGAUGGCGUUCAUCUCCGACGUCAUCUGCAGCGACAAGAGCGAGGGGUUCCGCGCGCGCAGGGACAAGGUCGUCGCCGAGGUCAUUGCGCGGCACUACGUUCGGCCGCUGGGGAAGAACUCGAAGCUGGAGCAGGUCAUCACGACGUACUGCCUCGCGCUGUUCUUCUCCAUCCUGUACGGCGAGGAGGCGGGCCACUUCCGUAUCGCCGAAGCGGCGCAGCUCGCGCGAUCGAUGGGCCUCCACCGCAAGAGCACGUACGUCAACAUGGGGGGUGAGGAGCGCACGCGGACAAUCGCCAUCUACUGCUUCAUUCUCGUGCGCAAUGUCGUGUGCGAGCUGCGGCUUGGACACAGCGAGGUGGUGUACUGGGGCCAGGCGCCAUUACUCCCCAGCAUCGCCGACCUCGUCGAGUCACCCGAGACGGUCUCGAUCGGUGACCCGCGCACCGACGAGCUCUGGCACCUCGCGGUUCUGACCAACAUCUACCACAUCGUGACGCCCGACUUUUGCCGGUGCGCGCGUGACGAGUGCGUCGCGAGCGACUGCCAUCUCUCGCCGUCCGACAUUGUGCGGUACGCGCACAAGCUCGAAGGCGCGACGGCGGCCAUCUGCCCCAAGACGUUUGCCGAGAUCCGCCCCGCGCUGAGCCUGUUCGACGAGGCGCGCUGGAUCGAGAUCCUCGUCGCGCACCAGUGGGUCGCGGCGCACAUCUGUCACAUGGCAGCCCGGCACGGCAUCGACGUGACCAAGCUCGAUGGGGGCAAGUACCUCCGCUGGCCGCUCGAGAUACUCGACAAUGCCGCGCAGGUGGUCGCUACGGCCACGGUGCGCGCACUGCACAUACAGGGCACGGGACUGGCGCACCGACUCAGCUACAUCAACUCGUGUGGCUCGGCUUACCUCGAGACGACCCGCGUCGACCCGCCAGAUCUCGAGCAGGCGCUGGCCAACUUGCAGAGAAUAUCAGACGCAGUCGUGGCGUGGGACCCCAGAUGCUGGACUCGGUGUGUGUUGUAAGGAGCAUGCAUGUACAAUACAGUUG